AUGGCGCAGCAGCCUCAGCCCGACCCGGAACCCUUGCUUUCUCUUUCGGCACAACUCCUCGGCUUCCGCGAUUUCUCCGGCGCCCGGAAAUACGCUCUUUUGGCCCAAAACGCCGACCCUAGCCGGACAGAGCCACCUCAAAUCAUCGCCAUUGUCGACAUUCUCCUCGCCGGCCUACCCGAUUGGGCCUCCGUACUCCAGCUCGACGACUCAAUGGCCGGCGACCGAGCAUGCAUGAGAAGCCAGUUCACCAAGCUCUUGGCCCUCGUUCACCCUUCCAAGAACAGCUUCCCCUUCUGCCAAGAAGCCUUCGAUCACGUCUUCACCGCUUGGUCGGCCAUGGAAGAAGAAAAAGGAGAGGGUGGGAAAUCGAAGGGGGAUUCGGGCACAUUUUGGACGGUUUGCCCUUACUGCUUUUAUGCGUACGAGUAUGAGAGCGCGUAUGAGGAUUGCUGCCUCAGGUGUCAGAAUUGCCGGAAAGGGUUUCAUGGGUUAGCGGUUGGGUCGCCUCCGCCGGUGGCUGAAGGAAACCGGGAGGAGUAUUAUUGUGGGUAUGGGUGUUUUCCUCUUAAGUACUAUUUGCGUGAGCAGAGCGGCGGAGGCGAAGGUAGAGGAGGCGAUGGCGGUGGUGGCAGUAAAGGUGGAGUGAAGGGGUUUCGGCCGGAGGAGAAUGUGAUGGAAAUUUCUGAUGAUAGUUCGUCGGAGGAGAAUGGCGGUGAGGAGAAAGAGAGUGAGAGGAAGAAACAUUGUGGAAGUGAAGGAGGAGGUGGGGCUUCUGCAGAUAAUGGGCAGGGUAGCAGUGACACGGCGGUGAGAAAUGGAAGAAAGAAGGGAACUUAUCGGAAGUCCAUUCUAAAAAGACCGAGGAAGAUGAUGGGAACAGGGCAGGGCAGCAAGUUGAGGCUGGAAACUCAGGAUUCAGAUGCCAAAUUAGGAAACACUGCUGCCACGACUGUUGAAGGAAUGAUCUUUGGAGAAAGUGUGGGGGCGAAUGAGACUGAUAAUGGAGGUUAUAGUGAUGGUGAUUUGGAGUUCUUCUUGGGGGAGGAUGAGGUGUAUGUUUCUAUGAAGAAUAUGGGUUGA